AUGCCCUCCACCACCGUGGAAAUGCCUGUCGCCGGCGGCACAAUUGAAGCACCCAUGGCACCAAAUGCCCCAGAGCCUGUGCUGUUGGGCCAAAGGGCUCGGAUGCCCGAGUUCAGUCUCGCCGGAAAGGUGAUCUGCGUCUCUGGCGCUGGCCGAGGACUUGGACUGACUCAGGCCGAGGCUCUGUUGGAGGCCGGGGCCAAGGUGUAUGCCCUUGACCGUCUUGAAGAACCAGCAGCCGAAUUUGCACAGAUUCAAAAACGCGCGAAAGAACUUGGCACGGAAUUGCACUACCGUCGCAUCGAUGUACGAGACACAGAAUUGCUGAACAGCGUCAUCGAGGCCAUUGGUGAUACCGAGGGCCGUCUGGACGGGCUUAUUGCAGCUGCGGGCAUUCAGCAAGAGACUCCAGCUUUGGAAUACUCAGCCAAGGACAGCAACACCAUGUUUGAUGUUAAUGUGACGGGUGUGUUCAUGACCUCUCAAGCGGUGGCGAAGCAGAUGAUUCGCUUCGGCAACGGAGGUAGUAUUGCCAUGAUCGCUAGCAUGAGUGGGACCAUUGCGAAUCGGGGCUUGAUUUGUCCAGCUUACAAUGCCAGCAAAGCUGCUGUCAUUCAGCUUGCUCGCAACUUGGCGGCCGAAUGGGGCCAGUACAACAUCCGUGUCAACACCAUUUCUCCCGGCUACAUCGUGACACAGAUGGUAGAGAAUCUCUUCCAGCAGUUCCCCGAGCGUCGAGAGCAAUGGCCGAAAGAGAACAUGCUGGGCCGUCUGUCUCGUCCAGAGGAGUACCGAGGUGCUGCGAUCUUUCUGCUCAGCGACGCAAGCAGCUUUAUGACGGGAAGCGAUUUGCGCAUGGAUGGUGGUCAUGCGGCUUGGUGA